UAAAUACAGUUUGCUUUCAAAAUAUCCCUAUAUCUAGCUACUUGACUUAUACGUACAAAAAAAUCACAAAAUUACCAUAUUGAUACCGCGCCACGGAACAAAAAUGGCAGCCUCCAUGAAGACCACGUCCAGUGUGAAUUUGAAGCUUGUCAUCGAUUCAAGAGGCCAAAGGGUCCUAUUCGCCGAAACCGGGAAGGAUUUUGUUGAUUUUUUAUCCACCCUUAUGUCUUUGCCAGUUGGUACGGUAAAAGAAACCUUGUUGAACCCCAAAGCACCAGCUUUUAAUGGUGAAAAUCCAAUCCCUCUUUUGUUGCCCAACAAUAACAUUGGUCAUGAGCAUGCAGGCAAAAAUAUGUAUGUAUGUUCAUAUAUCAGCACCUAUAAACACCCAUACGGCGGAAGUGGCCAUCUGUAUGUGGCCGAUGAUUCCGAGGCCAUAUGCCCUCAGUGCAAGAACAGGAUGUCCGUAGCAGUGAAUAAUGUUGUAGGUGGCAAGAAGAUUGGAGAGAAUGAAUUGCACGCCACAUCAUCAUCAUCAUCAUCAUCAUCAUCAUCUUGUGGAUCUGGAGGAGGGUUUGUAAAAGAUGUGGUUACUUAUUUGGUGAUGGAUGAUUUGGAAGUGUCUCCAAUGUCUACCAUUUCAAGCAUAGCCAUCCUUAACAAGUUCAAUGUUAAGGAGGUUGAUGCUCUUCAGGAAAAGAUGGUUUCCAUUGGCAUGAAUGAGAUAUUGGUCAAAGGAAAAAAAGAAAAAAGAAAAAGUACUUUAUACCGGAUUAAAGCCGUCAUGAUAGCCAAAGCCUAGUGGUAAAAUUUAUUUUUUCCUCAAACAAGCAACGUGCUCGAAUUCCCCCACCAAGUAUUGGUAGGCUUGAUUGGGUAGUCAAACCAUUAAAAACGGUACACCUCUAGGUGCACAGUUUUAACCUUAGUUAUGACGAAAUUCCCCCAAAAUGAAAAUAAAAACUAGUUACAACUUAUAUAUUUAAAUUAUUUUUAAUAUAAUUAUAUUUAAAUUCUUAAAAUUGAAAACUAUAUCUUUUGUUUCUUUCCUGUUUUGAAGCAUUUAAAAUUAUGCAUUUAUUAUUAUUGAUAUCUUUGGUUUGUUUUGUUCCCAAUAUUUUUGAGUAUGAAUUUGGUCUAAUACACAUAUUGAAAAAUAUGUUG